GAAACAUUCCUCAAAGCGACUCGGCCCUCCGUUGGACCAAAAACAUUGAAACUGAUUGAACGGAAAGCGAUCUCCGCUUUCGACUUGAGUUGAAUCGCUGCUCUGCUUUGUAACUGGACAAGGGCCUCUCUUUGGCUUUCGGUGACGAGCAAGUCCAGGGCGCGCAGGUUGACGAGGUGCGCUCAGAGAUUGCUUUUUAUAUUAUUUUUGUCUCCGUUUGAUGAAAUAACGUGGAGACAUCGUGCCACCUACAAGAGGCUGCUGCCCCUCUUAACACGAUGGAGGUGAAACCCGACAUCUGCUUGGGCAGCGUCCUGCGUCUCCACAAAAGUCUUGAGAGUGUGGCCAAGGAGCGCCGGUGCUCGGAGCUGCUCAGCGACUCCGACUCCGGGGUCGCCGCGUCACCCUUUCCUCCCGAAGACGACCACCUCGGCUCCUCGGACGGAGAGCUGAGCGCAGGUGGCAGCUACAGCUCGGUGUCCGCCAUGGGUUUCGAGACGGACGUGCAGCAGCAGCAGCAGCAACAGCAGCAGCAGCAUCACCAGCAGCAGCAGCAGCAGCAGCAAGCCAAGUCCGGCAAAGCGUACAUGCGCCGUCCGAAGCCACCGUUCUCGUACAUCGCGCUGAUCGCCAUGGCGAUCCGCGACUCUCAGACCGGCCGGCUAACCCUGGCAGAGAUCAACGACUACCUGAUGAGCAAGUUCCCCUUCUUCCGCGGCAGCUACACGGGCUGGCGCAACUCGGUGCGCCACAACCUGUCCCUCAACGAGUGCUUCGUGAAGGUGCUGCGCGACCCCUCGCGGCCCUGGGGCAAGGACAACUUCUGGAUGAUCAACCCGGACAGCGAGUACACCUUCGCCGACGGCGUCUUCAGGCGGCGCAGGAAGCGCAUCUCCCGCUCGCGGGGCGGCUCUGGCAGCGAGGGCCGGGCGACGCCGUCCCCCCCCCCGCCGCCGCCGCCGCCGCCGCCCGGCGACACGGCGCAGACGCCCUGCCGCCGGUACGGGGGACGCGAGGCCGGCCCCAAGUUCUCCAGCCCCUUUGCCAUCGAGAGCCUGCUCAGCAGGCCGCACGUGCCCGCCGCGCCACCCGCCUUCAAGGCGAUCCGCAGGCCGCCGUCGCCCCUCGGCUUCGGCGAGGUGGCCUACCUGGGGCUGCCGGAUCCCCGCGGCGGCCUGUGGACCUACGACGCGGUGGCCUACCGCCCGCUGAUGCACCCGCUGGCGCUGCACGCGCAGCCCUCGAUGGGCGGCCCGCCGCCGCUGUUCGCCACGGCGCUGGGGCCGCUGAUCCCCUUGAGCGUGGCGGAGGCGGCCUGGCUUCGCGAGGCCCACGGGGAGAAGGCCCGGCCCGUCAAGGUCUUCCCGCAGCUGGCGCAGCACCUGCCGUUCGGCGUGGAGAAGUUGCUCGCCUGACUCAAGAGAGAAACCGCACACGGUAUCGCGCAGGACCAUUUGCACUUUGUCGAAGACUGUCAAAGGGACGGGCGCUAACGGAAUGUUGACAAAGCCUUAACUGGUUACUACUAUAAAGCUGAACUCUGCGGGAGGUGCGUAACGCAAGCAUUUGACGACAGUGGAGCCACGCUGAGCUUUGAUUAGUUUUAUUUUCGUUGUUCUGUUUUUAUAUACGUGUGUGCAUGCUAAACAUGAAGAACUUCCCACACAAUGUAUUGUCACGACUGCCUAAAAUGACUAAUUGCUAAAACAAUACUAAAGUAGCAUUGCCCUCAUUUAUAGAUCAUGUGGUAGGCGACCAGCUGCUUUCUGCAGUGGAGAAAAACAACGGUGACCCUAUAAGAGCCUGAACGUUUAUAGACGCUUUGUAGGAAGAAAGAAAAGCGUUCUCUUUCAUAGAAGAUUUUGGUUCGAUGUCAAAACGUAAUUGAUGUGACAAGCAGCCUAUGGAGGUGCACUCCUGUCAGUGAACUAACAAUGCCACGUGUGCCGUGGCUUUACCAGCUUCGCACAGUGGAGAUUGUCGUCGUUUAUUUAUUGCAAAUAUUCCUCCCACGAAGGCGCGCGGGCGCACGCCCGAGACGGCGCUGUCAAGGUGCGUUUUGUUGACGCUGGUAAGGUUGGGAAUGUGAAGGAUUAUUUUGGGGAGAUGUCUUGUAUGAAUGAAAGGCAGCUGCCUCAAGCUGCUCACUCGAUGAGUCUUUAACAAAUAAAAGCAAGUGAAAUGAAGUUUAUAUACGUAUAAGGAGUGAAUGUAGGUUGCUUUGAAUGCGCCUUUCCUAAAGCUUUUUUUGACAUAACACUGGCAGACAGAGAUGGUCACAAAUGUUACACAACGAACCUGCUCGGGUGAUGUUUGUUUAGUUUUUACAUAAUAUAUGCUCAGGCAAAAUCUCAAAGGUUUACAUAUUUGGGACCUUGUAGAAGUAAUUUUUGAAAUCAAAACGUCAAAUGACGACUUGUGUGAUUUUGCGUUCUGGCGUGUCCACGUUGACUGCCUUGCCACGCAUCUUUGUGAAUACCGCAAUGUACAUUCUUGACACCUCUUGAUGUGUGAUGUUUGUUGAACUUAACUUUUAUUUUUUUUGACGUAAGUGCCUCGGUGCUGGUUAUUUUGAAUAUGUAUAGUGCAGGAUUUCCAAACUGGUGGUUUGUGCCUAUUUGUGGCAUGAUGUGUUUGACAUUCUUAUUUUGAAUUUCAUUUUAAUUAUUCAUUAUUGUAACUAUUUGACUGUUAUACAGCUGGUUGUAUGACUUUUUGCGUGUUUUAAAAUAAAAAUAUUUAUUUACCCCUCAA